AUGGCAUACGCCAUCACGCUUCCAGACGCGCUCUUAUUAUGUAGCGUCGUUGGGGCUCUCCUCUACUUCGUGAAGACUAGAGUCGUUAGCCUCCCAUUCAACAACAUUCCUGGUCCCCCGGCUCAGUCGUUCUGGAGUGGCCACAUGGAACAAUACUUCGAUAGGCACGGCCACAAGUUCCGCGAGAGCAUUGCGCAGGACUACGGCCCCGUCGUGAAGUUGGACGGGUUUCUUGGCUCCCAGAGACUCUAUAUAUUUGACCCGAAGGCGAUGCACAAUAUACUGAUCAAGUACGGUGAUGUCUUUGAAGAAACUGACUCGUUUCUAAGAAUCAACACGCAUUUCUUUGGGCCUGGCUUGCUGUCAACCGCGGGCGAUCAGCAUCGCAGGCAACGAAAAAUGCUGAACCCUGUCUUCUCUGCGAACCACAUGCGACACAUGCUACCGAUAUUUUACAGAGUUGCAUACAAGCUGCGCACUGCCAUAGCGUCAAAGCUGCAAGGCGGACCCCAGGAAGUAGACAUGAUGUCUUGGGUCGGCCGUGCGGCCCUAGAGCUCAUUGGGCAAGGCGGCCUCGGGCACUCGUUCGACCCACUAGUGUCCGAUGUGAAGGAUCCGUUUGGAGCCGCUAUGAAAUACCUCUUUCCCUCUCUGCAGGAUGUGAUUAUAUGGCAGCAACUGAUUCCGUAUGUUGACUCCAUAGGCAGCCCUCGUUUCCGACGCUGGAUCCUGGAGAUGUUACCGAGUCGAGCCGUCAAGCAAAUGAUCUCGAGCGUGGACAUCAUGACGCGGAGAGCGAUUGACAUUUUUGAGACGAAGAAGGCCGCGUUGGAGAAAGGCGACGGGGAUAUGUCGCAGCACGCAGGGGAGGGAAAGGAUAUCAUGAGCAUCCUAAUGAGAGCAAACAGGGAAGUAGCGGAAGCAGACAGACUCCCCGAAGACGAGGUCAUCGCUCAACUGGUAACCCUCGUCUUCGCCGCAACUGACACCACAUCUAGCACACUCACACUCAUACUUCAACUGCUCGCAGAGCAUCCUGAUGUUCAAGGCAAGCUCCGCGAAGAAUUGGCCAAAGCCUUCCAAGCCGGCGAGCUGUCGUACGACGAGUUGAUGCAGCUGCCGUACCUUGAUGCCGUGGUCCGGGAGACUUUGCGGCUCCAUCCACCCCUGACAACGAUAACGCGUGUGAAUCGGGAAGACGUUGUUUUGCCAUUAUCACAGCCCAUUCAAGGCGUCAACGGCAAGAUGAUCAGCGAGAUCGUCGUUCCAAAGGGAACCACAACUUUUGUGGGCGUUCUUGGUGCCAACACGAACAAGGCGAAGUGGGGCGAAGACGCGCUCGAGUGGAAGCCAGAACGCUGGCUUUCGCCACUGCCCGCCGCCGUUACGGAGGUGUCGACUCCCGGUGUAUUUGCGAAUCUGAUGACGUUCAUUGGAGGCAAGCGCUCGUGCAUCGGAUUCAAGUUUUCAGAGAUGGAGAUGAAGGUCGUCCUGUCUGUGCUGCUCCCCACUUUCACCUUUGGCCCCACAGAAAAGCCUAUAAUCUGGAAUUUCGCACCUGUCGCGUUCCCGUCCAUAGGGAGAGACUCGCUCAAGUCACAGAUGCCUCUCAGUGUGGGGUUGAUAUAG